AUGGCCAGCUUGUGUCUGCUGCAGCAGCGCGGGCGCAAGCUGGUACAGGAUGUCGGCUCGGAGGCCGUUGCCGUGACUUCGCAUGCGGAGCACGUGCUCCAUAUGUCCGCUGUUGAGCUGAUUGGCUCCGGCCACUUGCUCGAGGCCAUCGGUGACAGCUUCUCCUCGGUCACCAUCCUUCUCUCUGUUGGCUGCUUGCUGCUACCCGUGCUUCUGGAGGCCUUGAGCUGCAAGACGGGCGACGUCUUCUCCUCCGGGCGCCGAGCUCUGCGGGUAGUCUGGCUGGGGCAGUGGAUCCUCGCCACAAUAGACAUGACGAUUCUGACGCCAAUUUCUUACGACCUUGUGCGACAGCUUGGUUACGGAGCCGUGUCCUCUGGGUUCAUGCUCUCCGCCCCGCAGGUGUUGCAACCUCUGGGCGCGAUCCUCUCCCGGUUCAUCACGGAGGGCCGGAGCUACACAUUCUUGCGGCGGUUCAUCAUAGGCAGCCUGUAUGUUCAGGCAGUUCUCACCUGGGCGCUCGUGCCAGUGCUGCAUCGAUGCGGUGCUUGGUCAAGUGAAAUUGUCCUUGGAUCCACGAUUCUUCUGCGAUCUUGCGGAGGCUGGAUGGGCAACUGGGAAUCCUACACCAUGUCUGUUAAUACCCCUUUUUGUUUCAAAACACUCGUCGUCUUUGUGGCCUAUGCCGCUAGGUCCACCUUCCAGGAGCCCUAA